AUGGAAGAUCCAAGAACAGUUAUGAUAUUUUAUAAUGGACAAUGGGUGGACAAAACAAACUACACAGAUUUUGAAGUGACAGGGAUAUUGAUACCAUCAAAAUGUUCUUACAACCUACUUGCACAAACAAUAUGUUCUACUUUGGGUUUGGACAGAAGUAAACAAAACAUUGAUGUUCAAUUCCAAAUUAAAUCAGGAAUACCACCCAUGAAGAUUACAGAUGACAAUGGCUGCAGAUUUUAUGAACAAAUCAGAAAAAAAGAUGAUGAUGAGACCAAAUACCCUAUGAUGGUAAACCUUUCAGCAGCCAUUCCACCAGAAAACAUUGGUAGCAGCUCCAUCAAUCAUGACUACUCUGAACAUACAAUGCAAAUCACACAGCCUAUACCUACAAGGACAGAGUAUGCACAAAACAUGGCAGACUUUGUAAUCAAUCAAGUUGAAAAUGCAAUUGAAACAAGCCAGCAAGCAACAAGUCAGGUGAUCUCAGAUCCUCAUGUUGAUAACAUAUUUGUUGGACAAGUUUUUUCAAACAAAGAAACACUACAAAAUGCUGUCAGCCUAUACUCAAUAAGAAGAAAUCAGCCCUUCAAGGUAAAAAGAUCCUCCAAACUUGACUACAAGCUAGUUUGCAUCGAUGAAAAUUGUAAAUGGAGUUUCUUGGCAUCAAAACAUGGAAAAACAAACAUGUUCAAAAUCAGAAAGAUUCAGCAUUCUCAUACAUGCUCAUUAGAUGUCACAUCUGUAGACCACCCUAAUGCAACAAGCAACCUGAUUGGUAGUGUAAUAAGAAUCAAAUUUGUAAACCCAAAGAGAGACUACACACCAAAUGAAAUAGUGGAUGACAUGGCAGAUGACUAUAGUGUCUCCAUAUCUUACCAAAAAGCAUGGAGGGCUAGAGAAAAGACUAUUGUAGAUGCAAGACGCUGUCCACACGAAUCGUACUCUGAAAUACCAAGAAUCUUGUACAUGAUGGAAAAAUGCAACCCAGGAACAAUCACAGACCUUGUCACAGACGAGAAUGGCCACUUCAAAUACCUAUACUUCGCAAUAGGUGCUUCCAUCAAAGGUUGGCAACACUGCAAUCCAAUAAUAGUCACGGAUGGUACUUUCUUAAAAAAUCAACAUGGUGGAACAUUGUUAAUAGCUAGUGCACAAAAUGCAAAUAGACACAUAUUUCCACUAGCAUUUGCAAUAGUAGACUCUGAGAAUGACACUUCAUGGAACUGGUUCUUCAAAGAAACUAAAAGAAUCAUACAAUGA